UUUUUAUUUUGCUGAAUGUUUUUGGGAGGGUUUUGGAUUAGACUCUUGAAUAUCUAUAAUGUGACAUAAAUUGUUCGAAUUUCAUGAAUUCCAUGUUAAAUUAUGACUGUUAUUCUAUAAUCCGGGUUUAAUCUACUUUUUCUAUUUUCUAACCAUAAAAUCAUAAAUUAUGUCUCUUUAAUUAGGUUGAAGUUGAUUAUAUGUGUAUGGCCAUAUCUUCAUUCAGUAGCACUUCUGGUGUUUCAUCAUUGGUAUCAUCGCCAGCGAGGUUUGAGCUUUCGAAGUUGAAGCAUUGUAACCUCGGAGUAGCAGGGCUUGGCAGGCCAUUUUGUUUAAAUUGCGAACAACUGUUACUAAGGCCUGUCAAGCUAUCACUACGUGUGAAUCAAAGGCUAACUCCAACAGCCGGAGUGUGUCCUGCUUCAGUGGUGUGCUCAGCUGCCCUGAAUACGAGAUGUGGGGCAGAAGGACAGACUCAAACAGUUGAGAAGCCGGUUUCUGUAAUAUCACAUGCACCUGGUAAAGAGAAGUCGCCACAACUCGAUGAUGGUGGAACAGGAUUCCCACCUCGUGAUGAUGAUGGUGGAGGAGGUGGUGGAGGUGGUGGAGGUGGAAAUUGGAGUGGUGGCUUCUUCUUUUUCGGUUUUCUCGCAUUCCUUGGGUUCUUGAAAGAUAAAGAAAAUGAAGGACCCUAUCAAGAUUCUAGACGGAGAUGAACGAUUGAGCUUCAAAGUCUUUCAAAAAAAAAAUUGAGUCGUAAUCUUGUAAGGUUAUCUACAUUCGAUCAAUUAUAUGAAUUUUUUUUUUUUGGUUCACAGGGUGUUUUCGUACAUGAUAAUACGAAUUACUGUUUUAGCAACAAAUGACUUCAUAGUUCAUACGUUUUUUCUAGAUGCAUCAUAGGUCUUAGUCAUGAAUUUGGGGUAGCCGAACAAUGAUGGAGUUGUAACUAAUCGAUGAAGCUAUGUAUCUAAUGGAGGAAUUGAAAGAUGUAGAUCAGGAGAAACGAGAAUUACCCA